AUGAUCGAACCGAUUACAUCACACGACACAUCGUCCGCGACGCCUGAACUGAGCGGCGGCGCUGGACGGAGUGAGGUGGGGCGGGGACGGGGGAGCGGGGGAGGGGGGGGGGGAGCGGCCCGUGCGUGCGCGCGCGCCGGGCACGCGCCCCACCGCCGCCGCGCCGCGCUACUUAGUGUCGGGGGUGCGCGCCACCGCCGCCAAUCCACCGGCGACCUCCGCAGCACGCACACGUGCCCCACC